AAAAAAAUUGUAAUAAUUCAGGGGGCGAUUAAAGAUCUGAUUGUAUUCCAGAAUAGAUACCAGCUUUUUAAACGUCUUUGAGCUCUUCCAAUUUUGAGCGACCCUUCAGCCCCCCCGGUGAAAAAUUCAUACCUAAAACGGCUAAGGCUCACAAGACCAGCUUCCGCCCAACAAUUCCCCGAAAACACGCUCCAAAUGAUAUUCAAGCCGUUUCACUACUACUUACUAUACCUUGUAUCGUGUGUCAUCUGGCAGGGUAUGCUUAUAGCGAUGCUUGUCGCAUGGAGUAUCCAGGGCCGCCCAGAUCGUUACUGGUUCAUGAGCUUCAGUGAAACCAUGGACCCCGUCUUCCUCUCCGAUAUCGGCGCCACAUCGUUAAAGCCGUUGUUUGCCGUGGGUGCUGCUGUCCAUGGAGCCUUGGCUAUUUCUGCGGUGGUGGCGGAGUUGUUCAUGAGAAGACGGAAGGCAGGAGAGUCCAAGAGGUUGUUAAUUACCUACACCAGCAAGCAUCAGGAGCGGAUGAAGAUUGCCAGCAUUUUCACCAUCACCAUCAGUGAGUUGGGGAUUCUCUUUACCGCAUGUUUUGACAUAGACCACUACAACGAUGUGCAUUUCACUAUGGUGGCCGUAUUCAUCAUCUUCAUGCUCUUCACGAUUCUCAUGGACUUGAUGACGUACUUGAUAUUCUGGAUCCACUUUUACAAGAUUCACAAGUCCGCGCUGGACCCCGAUGCAACCGAGUAUAUCCCUGACGACAACACGUAUCUCUACUUCAAGUGGAGCUUCAUCGUCAAGUUCGUGUGGCUCGUGGCCGCUGCGGUGUGCGUGUUGGGCUUUCUCAUUGCCAUGGUCAAGAACGAAAACUCCUUGAGCGCCCGGUUUGAGUGGUCCAUCUGUUUCUGGUACGGGGUGUUGUUGUUAAUUUGGAUGUGCGACAUCUUCCCCGCCGCCAUCAAUUCCAAGCGGAUCGACGACUCUAACCUUGAUCACACCGAGAUUAAGCAAGUUUCCUCUGACGAAAGUGUUUAGUCGAUAGUCAUUAGUGCCAUGCACAACAAAAUAGACCUAGACGGGAA